AUGGAGAUCAACAUCCAGAUCAAGAAUGCGCAGCCUGAAGAACUGCUGCAGGCGUUUGCAGCACUAAGUGGCGGAGCGGCACCCUCAGCACCAUCAGCACCAUCGGCAUCUCCAAAUAUAGCCUACACUUCCGACCAAGGGAGACCGCCGUUGAAAAGAAUGCGCAAAGAAGCCCGCGCCACUACAGCCGCAACAAGGAGAUCCCCGAGCCUAUUAUUCAGCCAAGAGGAGCUCCAGGCACUCCAGAUAGCCAACCCGCAGGGAAUCACGCAGGACUCCACAGCUGAGGACACCGAGCAGAGCGCAGUUGAAUCUGGCGCAAAGGCCAAGAGAAAAGCUCAGCCCUUCUCCGCCUUCCGCAAACAUGAGGGACGCACAAUCAGGAGAAGCUCCGCCCACGCCGAGGCCUACUUCAUCGUCAGGACUGCCCGCGCUGCCAUCAGGACCAUCCGCAGCAUCAUCGAGCGCACGACCCACCAGACCUUUGUUGGUGCGAAAGAGAGCCAUGAAUUCCAGGACAAGAUCCAGAUCCCGCACUCCCAGGACAACAUCCAGAUCCCGCUCUCCCAGGACAAUGCAGAGAUCAAGGGCAUCGGGUCUUAUCAGCAGAGCAUCAAGCAAUACAGAGUCAACUGGCGGGACAUCGAGAUCCCGCAGUUUCCCAUCCAUGACUCCACCAAACAAUAUAUUGAUGCACUCUCCGCGGCAGCGGAGUUCCCGGUCAGCAGUGGUGUUCUCUUGGAGCAUGACCUCACAUGGGACAGAGGAGGAGAUCCAACGCCUGAGACAAUGAGGAGAUUCUACUUUCUCCAAUCGGCAGAUCUCACGCUGCGAGACCCCCCUCUGCCAACGCGGCAAGAAAAGAUUCUCUUCUGGGCGCAUGCAACAGACGUCGGAGCCUUGUUCAACAUGUUGAAGGAGCGGAACAUGAGACCGAUGAACGCGCAUGGAGUGGCAGCGUUCGGAUGUAAUAUCUUUUACGCACUGGGGCAUGAGAUGAGUGGGUCCGACAUGGAUGAACAUAACCUGACCAGGGUGAUAUUCAACGCCACGCGCAGUGCAAAAAACUUAGCGGGCAUCGUGGCUGGCGGCAGAGCGUGGGGCUCCCUCAGAAGGCAUCUCGGUGGCUCUUACGAGACGGCCCGUGCAGCUACUGAAGAGGACGAGGUGCUCAAGGACGCCAAUGCAAAAGCUUAUUGCGUUUCUCGCAAUCGAUAUUGCUUUACAUGCAUUGCGUUUGAACAGCUGAUGACGCCGCCUUCCACAGCGAAUACCCUCAUCUCGCAGUACCAGAAGGCCGCAGGCAUCGCCCCACAAGGGAUCGGAGUCAGCCUGGUGGCAGGCAGCCAGCGGCAGUGCAGCGAGUCAGGGCAGUACAUCAUGGUGGCCCCAGACAUCGAUACCAACACCAGCACCGGCAUCUGCACCUACGCCUACACCAGCGUCCGCUUCGACAACGACAUCCUUGCCUACGUGGCCGCCUUUGCCACCGCCUGCUACAAGUCCACAUACCCCGCCUACUCAACCCGCAUGGACGUCCGUGACGUGACCGUCGCCCACCUUUGCAGGCAUGGCAUGGAGGAGUUUGGACUUCGAGGACUCUCGCACGGCAAGUUCACAGGCAUGAUAUUGACUCGCAACAUCGCAGAGACUGUAUUUCUGUCCCAGUUCCAGAAGAAGCUUCGCGAGAGCAACAUCGAUGUGGACGCCACCGUCGACGCCAUCUACAAAAGCAAAGGCCAAAAAGCCCCUGACAAGGUGAAAGAGGCCGUAACCUUUGUAACGCCACUCGUUGACGCCAUCUUUGAUGCUAUCAAACCGUGGGCGCAAGCGCGCAACUAUGCCGCCAACACCACCGACGGCGACAACCAAGCAGCACAACGCAUGCAGGCUUUGGAGGAAGAGACCGCGAAGUACAAACAACGCCUACGCAGCGCCGGCCUUGAAGUCACCCCCCAAAAGUCGCUUCCACUACAGGCCGAGCCAGCGGAUGGCCCAGAAGCAACGACAGCUCCACCAAAGCGCAGACGCCUCACCAAAGGUGCCAUCAAGCAGCGGAAUGAAGACAUCAUCGCAGAGCCACACAACGUGAUCCGCUCCAGUGGGCAAGAGCCACCAGCAAGUAUGACCUCGAUUGCGACUUGGGUUGCCAACCUCAAGAAGAGCCUUCCCCGGGACAAGCACGCAGAAGUGGACAACCACAUACAGUCCGUGCAGGCCAUCCUUGAAAAUGCAAAGUACACCAAGGCGGAGCUGCAGGAGAUGGCCACGCGCUGGGGACUUCCUAUAUCCCUCACAACAGCACCCAAGGUCACGCCUAAGAACCUCCAGCAGCUGAUCGCAGCCGUCACCUACCUCGCCGUGUGA